UUCUUCUCUUCUCUCUUCCUCUUUCCUUCACAAAAACUCUCUCAUUCUUCUUACUCUGUUUCUUUUCUUGUGUGUACUCUCUUAAUCAUAUCAUUUUUUGGAAGAACAGAGUUUUUUGUUUCUGUUUUUGUUGUGUGUGGAAGAAGAAGGAGCUAGAGAGAUGGGGAAUUGUCAAGCGGUUGAUGCGGCGGCUUUGGUUCUACAACAUCCUGACGGCAAGAUCGAUAGAUAUUACGGUCCUAUAUCAGUUAGUGAAGUUAUGCGUAUGUAUCCUGGUCACUACGUUUCUCUUAUCAUCCCUUUACCGGAGACUACUAUACCGGCGACUACUACGACGACCACGACGGAUGAUAAGAGUGUAGAGAGAAGGGUUGUGAGGUUCACGCGCGUGAAACUUCUCCGACCAACUGAGAAUCUUGUUCUUGGUCAUGCUUAUCGUCUCAUCACUUCACAAGAGGUUAUGAAGAUUUUGAAAGCUAAGAAGUACGCAAAGACAAAGAAGCAUCAGAGUGAAACGACUAGAGAGAAGAAGAAGCCAUCACUUGAGAAGAAGAUUAAUGAAGAAUCUGACAAGAAUCAGAAUCUGGAAACGAAAGAUGAGAAGCAACGGUCAAUGUUAACGAGUUCAGCAUCGUCGAAAUCAAAAACAUGGAGGCCAUCAUUGCAGAGCAUCUCUGAAGCUACGAGUUGAUGUUUGGUUUUAACGUGAGGGACAAGAAACAUAGUCUCUGUAGUGUGGAGAUCGAUCAAUCAAAAUCAGAAGAUGGAAUCUAAAGAAGAAGAAGAAGAAGAGAUAUAAAACUUUAUUGAAUAAACUCUUCUCUUAUUAUUAUAAGUUCCUUUUCUGGUUAUUAAAUUACAUAGGAGAUGAGAAUUAUAUAGAUUAAGAUGUAAAAAAAAAAGCAGAGAUUAAGAACUUAGUCCCUUUUUUUGUCCUGUUAAUGUAUAUAUAAGUACUUCUCCAUAUGAAGAAAUCAAUCGAAAAAAAAAGAUUGUGAAAACA